ACAUGAACUUUGUUGAGUGUGUUCCCCUGUCAUCUGCACUGCCCGACGGAAAAGUUUUGCGUCUCGACCCCCCCUACUACAGCAUUUAAAUGGUACGAUGCGCUGAGGGCAGAGGGUGCCGGAGAGGGCCGUGAGCAUUAGGGCGGCCUUGGUUGUGCGGGGGGCAGCGCUGAUCCCGAGGGAGGCGAACGGCAAGCAUGGAGCUGGCCCACGCCAAGCCAUACAAGGAGGUGCUAGACUACUUUGGCACGGACCCCGAGCGGGGGCUGUCAGAGUCCCAGGUCAAGAAGCUCCAGGACAAGUAUGGUCCCAACGAACUGCCAGCUGAGGAGGGCAAGCCUUUGUGGCAACUUAUACUGGAACAGUUUGACGACCUUCUAGUGAAGAUUUUAUUAUUAGCUGCUGUAAUUUCAUUUGUUCUGGCGCUAUUUGAGGAGCAUGAAGACUCCAUUACCGCCUUCGUCGAGCCUUUUGUCAUCCUCCUCAUUCUGAUUGCCAAUGCCGUGGUGGGCGUCUGGCAGGAACGCAAUGCAGAAAGCGCCAUUGAGGCCCUGAAGGAGUACGAGCCCGAGAUGGGCAAGGUGCUGCGAGCCAACAAGCACGGGGUGCAGAAGAUCCGGGCCAAGGAGAUUGUGCCGGGAGACCUGGUGGAGGUGUCGGUGGGAGACAAGGUGCCCGCCGACAUCCGGCUGGUGAAGAUCCAGUCGACCACCCUGCGGGUGGACCAGUCCAUCCUCACGGGGGAGUCGGUGUCGGUCAUCAAGCACACGGACCCCAUCCCGGACCCCAGGGCCGUCAACCAGGACAAGAAGAACAUCCUCUUCUCGGGAACCAACAUUGCAUCCGGAAAAGCCAUCGGCAUCGUGGUGGGCACCGGUCUGGAGACUGCCAUCGGCAAGAUCAGGACGGAGAUGACGGAGACUGAGGAAGUGAAGACACCCCUGCAGCAGAAACUGGACGAGUUUGGCGAGCAACUUUCCAAGGUGAUCUCUGUGAUCUGCGUGGCGGUGUGGGCCAUCAACAUUGGCCACUUCAACGACCCGGCGCACGGCGGCUCGUGGAUCAAGGGUGCCGUGUACUACUUCAAGAUUGCGGUAGCCUUGGCGGUGGCGGCCAUUCCGGAGGGCCUGCCGGCGGUGAUCACGACCUGCCUGGCCCUGGGCACCCGGCGCAUGGCCAAGAAGAACGCCAUUGUACGGUCCCUGCCCUCGGUGGAGACUCUGGGCUGCACCUCGGUGAUCUGCUCGGACAAGACGGGCACGCUCACCACCAACCAGAUGUCCGUCAGCCGCUUCUUCAUCAUCGACAAGGCCGACCCCGGGGACAUUUCCUUCCACGAGUUCGAGGUCACCGGCUCGACCUACGAGCCCAUCGGCGAAGUGUUCAAGAAUGGUGCCAAGGCCAACUGCGCCAACUACGAGGCUCUUCACGAGUUGACCACGAUCUGCUGCAUGUGCAAUGACUCCAGUAUUGACUUCAAUGAGUACAAGCAAGCCUUUGAGAAGGUCGGGGAGGCCACGGAGACAGCCCUGACGGUGCUGGCGGAGAAGAUGAACCCCUUCGGCUUCGACAAGAGCGGCAAGUCGAGGCGGGACGCAGCCCUGACUGUGAACCACGGCGUCCAGGCCAUGUGGAAGAAGGAGUUUACGCUGGAGUUCUCUCGUGACCGCAAGUCCAUGAGCUCCUUCUGCAACCCGACGCGGGCGGCCGCCAACACCCGCCUCGGAAACGGACCCAAGAUGUUUGUCAAGGGUGCCCCUGAGGGUGUGCUGGAGCGGUGCACCCACUGCCGGGUGGGGGACAAGAAGCUGGCCAUGCCCCAGAUGAUGAAGCAGCGCAUCCUGGACCUGACCAAGGCCUACGGCACGGGCAGGGACACGCUGCGCUGCCUCGCCCUGGCCACCCUGGACACGCCGCCCAAACCCGAGGAGAUGGACCUCGGGGACUCUAACAAGUUUGCCACCUAUGAGGUGGGACUGACCUUCGUGGGGGUGGUGGGCAUGCUGGACCCCCCGCGCAAGGAGGUCUUCGACUCGAUCCAGCGCUGCCGGGCGGCGGGCAUCCGGGUGAUCGUCAUCACGGGCGACAACAAGGGCACGGCGGAGGCCAUCUGCCGGCGCAUCGGCGUCUUCACCGAGGAUGAGGACACCACGGGCAUGUCCUACUCGGGCCGGGAGUUUGACGACCUCCCAAUCGAGGAGCAGCGCAGGGCCGUCCAGAGGGCUCGGCUCUUCUCCCGUGUGGAGCCCGCCCACAAGAGCAAGAUCGUGGAGUUCCUGCAGGCAGACGGAGAGAUCUCUGCCAUGACGGGCGACGGCGUGAACGACGCGCCGGCGCUGAAGAAGGCGGAGAUUGGCAUUGCCAUGGGCUCGGGCACGGCGGUGGCCAAGUCGGCCUCCGAGAUGGUGCUGGCGGACGACAACUUCUCUUCGAUCGUGUCGGCGGUGGAGGAGGGUCGGGCCAUCUACAACAACAUGAAGCAGUUCAUCCGCUACCUGAUCUCGUCCAACAUUGGGGAGGUGGUCAGCAUCUUCCUGACGGCGGCCCUGGGUCUUCCGGAGGCCCUGAUCCCCGUACAGCUGCUCUGGGUGAACCUGGUGACGGACGGCCUGCCGGCCACCGCCCUGGGCUUCAACCCCCCGGACCUGGACAUCAUGGAGAGGCCGCCCCGCAAGGCGGACGAGUCCCUCAUCUCGGGCUGGCUGUUUUUCCGGUACAUGGCCAUUGGGGGCUACGUGGGUGCUGCCACGGUGGGUGCGGCCGUCUGGUGGUACAUGGUGUGCCCUUCGGGGCCCCACCUCAACUACUACCAGCUGACGCACCACCUGUCGUGUGUGACGGACAAGGAGAACUUCCGCGGGGUGGACUGCGCCGUCUUCCACGACCCCCACCCCAUGACCAUGGCUCUGUCCGUGCUGGUCACCAUCGAAAUGCUCAACGCCCUCAACAGCUUGUCCGAAAACCAGUCCCUUCUGGUGAUGCCCCCCUGGACCAACAUCUGGCUGGUGGCAGCCAUGACCCUUUCCAUGACCCUCCACUUUGUCGUCCUCUACUGCGACAUCCUCAACACGGUGUUCUCAGUGUGUCCGCUGUCGGUGGGCGAGUGGAUGGCGGUCCUAAAGAUGUCCAUUCCGGUCAUCAUUCUCGACGAGACGAUGAAGUUCAUUGCCCGCAAGUUCAUCGACGCAGGGCAGCCCGCACCCCAUUUGCGUCCCUUCAGGUCCCCUUCAGAGACCAGUUGCAUGGCAACACCAGUCAGUCCCGAGAUGCUAAAGAAGAAAAACUAAAAGCCCAGGGAACCUAAGGAGAAAAAGCACCAAUCGUGCGAAAACAUGAACAACUGCAUAGUGCGUGUGACCUCCGAUCUUAGUGCAUGUUUAGAAAUUUUCUUUAUCCGUUCUUAAUUUUCCUUGAUCAUCGUUUUUUGUUUUCUUUUACCGUGUGAGUGCCGACGAGUUGUGGAAAGACUCUCAAGCUUGAGGAUUGUGUGUACAAAAAGGUAUUGCCGACUAUCUGUCGCGGAAUAGCAGACGGUGAAAUACGCAACUGCCGGUAGGAUGGUUUGGUGUUUUGUUUCGACAUUUUGAUUUCGUGUCACCCCUCUACGCACAUGCACAUCCGUUUUUUUUUUUUUUU